CUACACAUACAACGUCCCAUCACCGUGAAGUCAACGUAAAGGAAUGAAAUGUCAAAUAUUCUCCCAUGGAAAUCGUGUAGUAGCAUUCACAUACAUAAUCUCCGGUAACUUUGACGUCGGCAAAAUAAGUCCAAGAGAAUAGUUAACGGGACGGUGACGCUGUAUGUGUAGCGAACUUAACUCACAACGUCUAAAUCCGGCUUAAUUAACUUCAUAAAUGCCCUUGUGUUGCAAUUAAUCCAAUUUGUCCAAUAUCUCAUCUCCGUGUAUACAUUUUAUAAGUGUCAAAAAAAUCUGGCAUCUCUGCGCUGGAUAAGUUUACUUCUGAGACGUUUAUGUACCUUGAAACGUAUUGUUGUUUGUUCGUGCAUAUUUUUGUGGUGAAUUGUGGCCACACUAACAUCCGGCGAUGGACGAACUCGACCAGCUUGAGCACCUUUCGCUGGUGUCCAAAAUAUGCACGGAGCUGGAAAACCAUCUUGGUCUAAACGACAAAGAUUUAGCUGAAUUCAUCAUUGACCUAGCGACUAAAAACCCAUCGUUGGAUGCUUUCAAAAAAGUCCUCGCCGAGAAUGGGGCAGAAUUCUCCGAAUCCUUCACCUCCAAUUUGCUUCGUAUCAUCCAGCUGAUGAAGCCUCCCAAGGGAGGGGGAGCCGCGAAUGUGUCAGCUUUCGAGGAAGAUGAUCGAAUUGGCGGUUUGGCGAUGAAAUUUCCAGGACUGGCGAUACCCAACGCUAAGAAGGGCUAUGAAUCGGAGGAAGAUGACGAGAAGAGUCACAAACCGGACGUGAAACAAGGUUCUUCCGUUGUGGAUGAUAUGUUUGCUGAGCUAGAGAAUAUGGCACCAUCGGUAUCCAAAGCGGAAUCUAAAAAGUCCCGCGAGCAGCAAGAGGUGGAUAAUAUGUUUGCCGAGCUGGAAAGCCUCGCGCCUUCAUCGUCGAAUGCUGUGCGGAAAGACGAGAAGAAAAAAGACAGACGAUCUCGUUCCAGGGACAGGAAGAGAACUAGAUCGAAAGAGCGAAAACGAAGCAGGUCGAAAGACCGCAAACGGAGCAAAUCGAAAGAGAGACGAAGAAGCAAAUCCAGGAAUCGCGAUCGUCGUAAAAGGUCUCGAUCCCGACAACGCUCCAGAUCGAGGGAUAAACGAUCGAGAAGGGGAAGUAGGUCGAGGAGUAGAGAUCGAGAUCGACGAGAUCGAUCCAGACGGAGUCGUACCAGAUCCCGAGAACGACAUAGGAGAGCACGCAGUAAUUCAAGAGAAAUCGAACGUCGGAGACGUUCGCCACCGGCCCAGGUUCCGGAAGAACCCGAGCCUGGAAAGAUUUACGAUGGGAGGGUCGUAAAUAUUGUCGCAUUCGGAUGCUUUGUUCAACUCACAAGUUUCCGGAGAAAGAAGGAAGGUUUGGUACACAUUUCGCAGCUCACAUCGGAAGGUAGAGUUAACAGCGUGACUGAUGUUGUCAAUCGCGGGGAUAGUAUUAAGGUGAAAGUUAUCUCGAUUGCUGGCUCGAAAAUAUCUCUUUGCAUGAAGGAUGUCGAUCAGGAAUCCGGAAAGGAUCUCAAUCCCUUAUCGCAUGCUCAUCUGCAGGAGAACAGUGAUUUGGCCAGCCGAAAUCCUGAUCGGCCUAUGAGUGUUCCGUCAAUACUCAAUCUGCAGGAAGGUGGAGAUUCGGCGAUGGAAGAAACAUCCCGCAAGAAGGUGACACGUAUUUCUAGUCCCGAGCGAUGGGAAAUCAAGCAGAUGAUUUCAUCGGGUGUUAUAGAUAGAAGUGAAAUGCCUGACUUUGACGAGGAAACUGGUUUACUUCCGAAGGAUGAGGACAGUGAGGCGGACAUUGAAAUUGAGAUUGUGGAAGAUGAACCGCCGUUCCUUCAAGGGCAUGGCAGAGCCUUGCACGAUUUGUCUCCGGUACGAAUUGUUAAAAAUCCGGACGGUUCCCUUGCCCAAGCCGCUAUGAUGCAGUCAGCAUUGGCGAAAGAGCGUCGGGAGCAUAAAAUGCUCCAGAGGGAGCAGGAGAUGGAUUCGGUUCCGGCCAAUAUGAACAAAAAUUGGAUAGAUCCGCUACCAGACGAGGAUAACCGAUCGCUCGCGGCUAACGUUCGUGGCGUUGGAAUGCAAAUGCAAGAUGUGCCGGAGUGGAAGAAAGCAAUUAUUGGUGGAAAGAAAUCAUCCUACGGCAAAAAGACCGAUAUGAGUUUAGUAGAACAACGUCAGUCCCUUCCGAUCUAUAAGCUGAGAGAUGAUUUGAUCAAAGCCGUUACCGAUAAUCAAAUUCUCAUCGUUAUUGGUGAAACCGGAUCUGGAAAGACGACACAGAUAACGCAGUAUCUAGCGGAGUGCGGUUUCAUCGCGAGAGGCAAGAUUGGUUGCACCCAACCGCGUCGUGUGGCUGCCAUGUCCGUAGCGAAGCGUGUCGCCGAAGAGUACGGUUGUCGACUUGGACAGGAAGUCGGUUACACCAUCCGUUUCGAGGACUGCACCAGCCAGGAAACCGUAAUCAAAUACAUGACGGACGGUAUGUUGCUCCGUGAGUGUUUGGUAGAUUUCGAUCUCAAGUCGUACUCGGUAAUCAUGUUGGAUGAAGCGCAUGAGCGAACGAUUCACACAGACGUACUUUUUGGGCUACUAAAGCAAGCCGUCCAGAAACGGCCCGAGAUAAAACUGAUAGUCACGUCAGCAACGUUGGAUGCGGUUAAAUUCUCACAGUACUUCUUCGAAGCACCCAUUUUCACCAUUCCCGGUCGAACCUUCCCGGUGGAGAUACUGUAUACGAAGGAGCCAGAAACGGACUAUCUGGACGCCUCGCUGAUAACGGUUAUGCAAAUCCACCUGCGCGAGCCUCCCGGCGAUGUUCUACUCUUCCUCACCGGUCAGGAGGAGAUUGACACGGCUUGUGAAAUACUGUACGAACGCAUGAAGUCCCUUGGUCCCGACGUGCCGGAACUGAUCAUCCUCCCAGUAUACUCGGCGCUACCUUCCGAAAUGCAAACACGCAUCUUCGACCCGGCACCCCCGGGUAGUCGCAAGGUUGUCAUUGCCACGAAUAUAGCCGAAACGUCACUCACAAUCGACGGAAUCUACUACGUUGUUGAUCCGGGCUUCGUCAAACAGAAAGUGUACAAUUCUAAAACCGGAAUGGAUUCACUGGUGGUCACCCCGAUUUCUCAAGCAGCGGCCAAACAGCGAGCGGGUCGAGCUGGCCGAACAGGUCCGGGAAAAGCCUACCGAUUGUACACGGAGCGAGCCUAUCGUGACGAGAUGUUACCUACUCCGGUGCCGGAGAUUCAACGGACGAAUCUGGCCACGACAGUGCUACAGCUCAAGACAAUGGGAAUCAACGAUUUGUUGCAUUUCGACUUUAUGGAUGCUCCUCCGGUCGAGUCUUUGGUGAUGGCUCUGGAGCAGCUGCAUUCCUUAUCGGCUUUGGAUAAUGAGGGUUUGCUAACUCGUUUGGGUCGUCGUAUGGCCGAGUUCCCCCUUGAGCCCAAUCUGUCCAAAAUGUUGAUUAUGUCAGUCGCGCUGCAAUGUUCCGACGAGAUACUAACAAUCGUAUCGAUGCUCUCCGUGCAAAAUGUCUUCUAUCGACCAAAAGAUAAACAAGCGCUGGCUGACCAGAAAAAAGCAAAGUUCAACCAGAUCGAGGGUGAUCAUUUGACGCUGCUCGCAGUUUACAACAGCUGGAAGAACAACAAGUUUUCCAACGCGUGGUGCUAUGAAAACUUUGUUCAGAUAAGGACUCUGAAACGGGCACAAGAUGUGCGAAAGCAGCUGCUGGGCAUUAUGGACCGACACAAGCUGGAUGUUGUUUCCGCGGGGAAACAUACAAUGCGUGUGCAGAAAACUAUUUGCUCGGGCUUUUUCCGAAAUGCGGCCAAGAAGGAUCCCCAGGAAGGUUAUCGAACGCUGGUCGACUCACAGGUGGUGUACAUCCAUCCGUCUAGCGCUUUGUUCAAUCGGCAACCGGAGUGGGUUGUCUAUCACGAGCUAGUUCAAACAACCAAGGAAUACAUGCGUGAAGUAACAACAAUCGAUCCGAAAUGGCUAGUUGAAUUCGCCCCUGCAUUCUUCCGAUUCUCGGACCCAACGAAGCUGAGUAAAUUCAAGAAAAAUCAACGACUUGAACCACUGUAUAACAAGUACGAGGAACCGAACGCGUGGCGAAUAAGCCGAACUCGCAGGAGGAGAAAUUAAACAUCAAACUUAUUCACUGUAAAGAGCGUCACCACAAUUUAUUUACGUGAUUUGAACUGCUUCAAAUUAAUAACUCGGUACGCACA